AUGUCUAUUACUAAUGGCACAGUGUUGAUGCCUUUGGUCUUGUCACUGAUUGGAAUUCCUGGUUUAGAAUCUGUGCAGUGUUGGAUGGGGAUUCCAUUCUGUGCUAUGUACAUCAUUGCUUUGAUUGGGAAUUCCCUACUUUUGAUCAUCAUCAAAUCUGAGCGCAGCCUCCAUGAGCCCAUGUAUAUCUUCCUGGCCAUGCUUGCAGCCACAGACAUUGCACUUAGCACCAGCAUUGUGCCCAAGAUGCUUGGAGUUUUUUGGUUCCACUUGCCAGAGAUUUAUUUUGACACUUGCCUCUUUCAGAUGUGGCUCAUCCAUACAUUCCAGGGUAUUGAGUCAGGAGUUCUGCUGGCCAUGGCUCUGGACUGCUUUGUGGCCAUCUGUUAUCCCCUGAGGCAUGCUACCAUAUUCACUUGCCAGCUAGUCACUCAUAUUGGAGUCAGUGUGACACUGCGGCCUGCCAUUCUGGUAAUCCCUUGCCUAUUGCUCAUAAAGUGUCGUCUGAAACUUUACCGAACCAAGUUAAUAUCACACACUUACUGUGAACACAUGGCCCUUGUGAAGCUUGCGGCUGAAGAUGUUUAUAUAAGUAAGGUCUAUGGACUAUUUGGAGCUUUCAUUGUCGGUGGGUUUGACUUCAUUGUCAUCACCCUCUCCUACAUCCAAAUAUUUAUCACUGUUUUCCACCUGCCCCAGAAAGAAGCUCGCCUUAAGGCAUUUAAUACCUGUAUUCCCCACAUAUGUGUCUUCUUCCAAUUCUAUCUCCUGGCUUUUUUCUCCUUUUUCAGUCACAGAUCUGGAUCUUAUAUUCCAUCAUAUAUACACAUCACCUUGUCCAAUCUUUACCUGCUGGUCCCACCUUUCCUCAACCCCAUUGUCUAUGGAGUGAAGACAAAGCAGAUUCUAAAUCAGGCAGUAAAAAUCUUCUGUUCCAAAGGCCAGACUUGA